UCGAGCUUCAAGCAGGCUUUCGUUCAUUUCCAAAUUCAAUUUGAUACAUUAUAGCUCCACAUUUGUAUUUGAAUAAACUUUGUGAUACGACUUUAUAGAAAAUGGCAAGAAACGACGUCCUGAUUGUGUCGCCGCUGAACGUUAAGUUCCAAUCUCCGUUUCCGCACAUACAGAAGCGACAGCUGAGUCUGCUCAACCUGGGCCCGCAGCCCGUCGACUUCUCCAUCGACAUUGGCAAUACGAUGCUCUUUCAAGUGCAGCCCACCUGUGGCCGUGUCUCGGGCUUCGACACCAUCGAGCUGAGCAUCAUCAUGCAGCCGGUAGAGAGCGAUCAGUGGGGCUGCUCUUUGGCAGUGAAGCACAGGGUGAGGGACGCAUCAUGCAGUCUACAGGCGCUGGGGGAUUGGAAGGACGCGCGAGUAACUCUGGUUGCCAUUACGCUCGAGGACUCUGUGGCGAACGAAAAGGAGUUGCUCAGUGUGUUCAGCGAAAUCGAUGAGAAGACCAAGGGCCUUUUCGAAAUCAUGGAGAAGCAGUAUCAGCCCUUGUGCCAAAAAUGCAGCAUGAAGCGUUUCCAGCAAUCGUCGAGGAAGCGCAGCAAGCUAAGGCAUCUCUGGUGCCCACUUUUGGUAGCCUUGAUAUCGCUGUUGAGUUACUAUCUGUGGGUGCUAAGCGGCGUGCAAGAGUACAACACUGAUGCGAUUCACUAAAGGGGCGGACUGGAG